AUGUCCUACAUCGCAGAGUACUGGCCCAAGGCGGCCAUCCAAGAGGCAGCAAAAAUGGAGAAAUCGCAUACGAAACAUCACGAGUCGAGGAAGUUGUCUGAGAAGACUCGGAAGGAGAAGCUCGAGACCCCACACGUGGGAGUUUGCGGGCCCUACGAUUGCAGAUUCCAAUACAUUGACGCCGAUCUUCAACAAGGCUUCAAGUCUUCGUACGGUAAAGUCAAGUCGUGGGCUUUGACAGUCGAGGAAGAUUUGAAGGAGAACAGCAUUGACGAUGCCGUAUUUCAGCGGCUGCAGCAGCGCUUGAGCCCCACAAAGCAGCAGGACUUGAUGGGGUUACUCGCCUCGAACCCUGUUCAGCAAGAGAUGUGGGUGACUCAGCUGAGGAACGAUGACAGGCAUCUCUACGAAGUUGUCUUUCGCGUCAUCUGGAGACUUCUUCACGAUCAGGUAUUCCCCAAAAAGGACCCAAUCGGCACUCGGCUUCCUGGCAGCUCUGUCGAGCAAGGCGAGAAAGGUUCAAUCUUUGCCACCGUGCAGAAGCUCCUUGGCGAGCAAGACAAGGGAAGCAAGGCGAGGAACCAGGAUAUCGAGCAGGGUAUCAUCGAAUAUGCCGCCAAACUGCACCAAAGUAUCUGCUCUGCAGAACUCGCGUCCGAGAAGUACGGUGCCGUUCGGCAUCGCUUCUUGGAGCGAGUAUCUUUCAACGAGUGGCAUCAGAAGCACCACUGUGUCCCCAUAACGCCCGCCAUUGUUAGAGAGGUUUUGGCCACGAGACAGGAAUUUCUAGUCAUCAAAGAGACGGUCUCGGGCUACAAGUUUGGUGAAGCAAAGUCCAAAACGGCCGAGCCCCUGCCAGCUCAAGCUCCAGUCUUGUCGCAGUCGAACAAAGAGGUCUGA